UUCUAUCACUCAGAAGCUUUCUAGGAAAGCGACAAUUUGGUGUUUGCAGCUGUAGAGAGAUCGUACACCAGCCUACGGAACUACACCUGUUCAGUGGUCACGCUGAUUUCGGCACACCACAGUACCAGCGUUAUCAUUUACUGCUCAGAAAGAAACCUCAGGGAAAAAACCCAGCUUCAACCAUGACACUGCUGGUUCUGCCUCUGGUGGGGGCCAUGUCGGUCUCCGAGAGCCUUGUGGCCGUGGCAACAGUGUGUGUGGUGUACCUGCUGCUGCAGCUCCGCACAAAAAUCCCGGAAGGUCUGCGCCAGCUUCCAGGUCCGAGGCCCCUCCCCAUCAUCGGGAACGUUCUGGAGCUUGGUGGCCUUCCUCACCUGAGCCUCAGCGCCAUGACCAAGCGCUUCGGCAACGUGUUCCAGAUCCAGAUCGGUAUGCGGCCCGUGGUGGUCCUCAGCGGCUACGAGAUGGUGCGACAGGCACUCGUCAAGCAGGGCGAGGACUUUGCCAGCCGGCCGGAUCUCUACAGUUUCAAGUUCAUCAACGACGGUAAAAGCCUGGCCUUCAGCACCGACCAGGCCGGCGUGUGGCGCGCCCGACGCAAGCUGGCCAUGAGCGCCCUGCGCUCCUUCUCCACGCUGGAGGGCGAGAACCCAGCCUACUCCUGCGUCCUGGAGGAGCACAUCAGCAAGGAGGGUCUGUACCUGGUGGAGCAGCUCAGGACGGUGAUGGACGACAGCGGCAGCUUCGACCCCUUCCGCCACAUCGUGGUGUCGGUGGCCAACGUCAUCUGUGGCAUGUGCUUCGGCCGGCGCUACAGCCACGACGACGCCGAGCUGCUCAGCCUGGUCAACAUGAGCGAUGAGUUCGGACAGGUGGUGGGCAGCGGAAACCCUGCCGACUUCAUCCCCUUCCUCAGGUUCCUGCCCAACAACACCAUGAAGAAGUUCAUGGAGAUCAAUGGCCGCUUCAACACAUUUGUGCAGCGGAUUGUGUCGGAGCACUAUGCCUCUUAUGAUAAGAACAACAUCCGUGACAUCACGGACUCACUCAUUGACCACUGCGAGGACAGGAAGCUGGAUGAAAAUUCAAAUGUUCAGGUGUCGGACGAGAAGAUCGUGGGCAUUGUCAAUGAUCUCUUUGGGGCAGGCUUUGACACCAUCAGCACAGCCGUGUCAUGGGCUGUUGUGUAUUUGGUGGCCUACCCAGAAGUCCAGGAGAGACUUCACCAAGAAAUAAAGGAAAAGGUUGGAAUGGACCGAAGCCCACGUCUGUCAGACAAAUCCAGCCUCCCUCUUUUGGAAGCCUUCAUUUUGGAGCUGUUCCGUCAUUCCUCCUUCCUACCCUUCACCAUCCCACACUGUACCUCCAAAGACACAUCACUCGAUGGAUACUUCAUCCCCAAAGACACUUGCGUGUUCAUCAAUCAGUAUCAGGUCAACCAUGACCCUGAGAUGUGGAAGGACCCGUCCUCCUUCAUGCCGGAGCGCUUCCUGUCCGACGACGGCGCCGAGCUGAACAAGAUGGAGGGCGAGAAGGUGCUGAUCUUCGGCAUGGGCAAGCGACGCUGCAUCGGCGAGGCCAUCGGCCGUGCCGAGGUCUUCCUCUUCCUCGCCAUCCUGGUGCAGCACCUACAGUUCCACAAGUUGCCCGACCAGGAGCUGGACAUGACCCCGGAGUACGGCCUCACCAUGAAACACAAGCGGUGCCACCUCCGUGCCACCUUCCGCCCCCGGGAGGAGAACUGAACGAAGGGCGGGCGGGCAGUCUCCCCCAAAGUUUUCACCCAUGUGUUUUUUUUAAUCUUUUCCAGGGUGUGCGAACCUCCAUAUUCUAUGAAUGGACUCCAUGCUCCAUAUAUGAAAUCCAAUUUGCAUGCAUCUGUUGGCAUCCAGUCAGGGUAUAGCACCUGGGACCCGUGAUCAGGGUACACCCUACUAUUUAUCUUUUGCUCAAUGCAGUCAGUGCAUACUGGAGCGUCUCAACAAGCUUGCUUCUGAUUGGACAGGGAUAUCAGAGAGGAGUCAGAAAUCGCAGUUGAGAAUCAGAUGUUAUGCCCAGGGAGGGCAUUUUGUAGGUAGACAAUGGGAAAAAGAUGCUUUCAUAGACCCAAUUAGGUGAUGAUUCUGCAGGGGAUCUGUCUGGUCCAUUUGAGCCCGUAGCUCCCAGGACACACACAGAAACUUAAUCUAUGUUUAAGGGAAAUAAUUGCAAGUCAAGUUCCCUGUAGAGGAAAGCAAAUCAUUUUGCUCACAUUCAAGCUAAUUCCUCCAGCUCAAGUCAAAACAAUCCUACACUGUUUGAUGUAUCUAUACCGUAGCAGGGACAUAUCCAGCUGCUUACUAAAGUGGGCCAUGUUUGUCUGAAAGGGGAAAGAAGGGUAGACACACAGAUGGGUAAAA